AUGUCCGAACACUUCGUCUAUAUCGAGAAUCAAUUCUUCAUCACAUCUACUGUGGUCAAUGAGGUGAAAAUUGAGAACAAGAUUGGUGAUGCCCUCGUUCAUCGCAUUAUUCGUGCCCACCGUGAGGAGACACCUUGGAAAUGUUGUAUCGUAAUUCCUUUGAUACCGGGAUUCGCAUUCCCCAUUGAUCAUAGCGAUGCGAGUGCGAUCCGUAUCAUCGUUGAAUGCCAGAACCGCACAAUUUGUCGUGGACCCAACUCUAUCUUUGCUCGGCUGCGGAAGGAGGGGAUUGAUCCCGACGAAUACAUUACGUUUUUUUCUCUACGGAAUUGGGCCAAGCUAAGAGGGAAUGUGUUGACUACUGAACAGGUCUACAUUCAUGGAAAGGUUUGCAUCGUCGACGACCGUCUCGCUAUCAUUGGUAGUGCCAAUAUCAACGAGCGCUCUCAGCGUGGUGAUCGCGACUCCGAAAUUGCAGCCGUUAUCCGAGAUACCGAUAUGAUUGAUUGUACCAUGGCCGGCAAGCCAUUUAAAGUUGGCCGUUUUGCGCAUACUUUGCGCGUUCGACUGAUGCGAGAGCACAUUGGUGUUGAUGUGGAUAAGAUGUACGAAGACGAUUUGAUGGCUUCUGAGCCUGCGAAAUCUGCGGACAUGCAAACCGAAUGGGACCCUGAGUUGGAGCAAGAACAUGGCAAGGAAGCUGGUGUUACUCAAAUUGGAAAGCGCCAACGUCGUACUGCCAUGGGCAAUAUUCUACAUGACACCGUCGACGAAAUAGAGCAAGCCCUUCACGGUACUAGCGAUGCGGGCUUCAAGGACGUAGGGGUGGCCUUACGCAAAGUGGGCAUCAAAAGCAAAGGUCUCGACAUGACUGCUGGGGAGAAGAGUCUCAAGGAAGAGCGUCAUAUGUAUGCUCGGGACGGCACGAAAGAACCUGGUUUCCCGAGUUCUAUAGUCCCUACUUUGGAAGAGAAGGUCGUGGCCGAACAUCGACCACCGCCAGAGCAGGCUUUUGGUAGCCCCAUCAUUCAAGAGCUCCAUGAAGAUGGAGCUGCUCCCAAUGGGCUGCCGCCCAACAUGAAAAUGCAGAAUGGUGAACUGUUGGGCGCUCCUGCAAACGCAGUUCCAAGUGCCAAUGAAGAUUCUGCGCCCCCUUGCUCAGAUAAAGGCAAAAAUGAUGCAGAUGAGGAGGAAGCAACGGCUCCUGAAGCUCGUGAUUUGUUGCGUAAACACGCCGGUUCAAAGUUGAAGUCAAAGCCAUGGACUCUGCCCACGCCCACCCCCCGCGUUGAUCCGCAAGGGUUUGAAGACCCUGUAUGUGAUGGGUUCUGGAAGAACGUCUGGCUCUCGUGUGCAGUUCACAACACUGAGAUCUAUAGGAGAGUGUUUCAUGCAAUUCCAGAUGAUCUCGUCACGACUUGGAAGCAGUACAAGGAGUUUGUGGUUCACCAUGAACGACUUAACCAACCGGUUUGGGAAGCUGAGUCUCGCGAGCCACUGGCACGUAUGCCAUCUGAAGCAGCCGAUCAGGACGCCCCUGGACAUCCACACACGAUGGAAGACUCUGUGCAUGCUCCAGAUUACAUUUAUCACACUGUGAUGGAUAACGGACACGGCGGAGAAGCCGCAGACUCACGUUCAGUUCUGGUUAAUUCUUCUUCGCCCCCUGCGACUGCUACAGAGAAAGAUUUCCGCGGCCGGCGCGCACCCAAUGGCGUAGAGCCAUUCGACGAAUCUGAUAAGGAAGAGAUGGAGAAAUUGUUGGGAGAACUUCGGGGCCAUCUAGGUAAAGACCAUCCAGAGAUAUAUGAUUUGGGCUCAUGGGUUAUUACAGUGGUAUAUCCCACCCGUUUCUUGGAAGGGGAGGACGCUACCAAUAAUUUCUUGUUCAAUGCCGAUAGGAUGAUGCCGCUGCCCAUCUAUGACUGA